AUGAUUUUCACCUGGACCUUCCCCCGCUUGGUGAACAACGACAGUUCACGCCAGGUGGUUGAAAUCUCAGAAGAUGACGUUGAAUGCUUCUCGGAUUAUAUGGCCCUCUGGAUCCCCAAGAGCCACGCAGACGGACUGAAGCAGUGGUUGUCCCGGACACUGCAUAUGCCAAUGACCUGGGAAUCUCUGGAAUGGCCAAGCCCUUUGCUGGCCCAAUGUGGCUAUUCUCUGCACCCUGAUCCGAAUGGCGAUUAUAUCUUCCAAGUCCUCUACACAGCCUGCUUUGUGCAACAGGAGGAAGCAAAUUACAGGUUGGAAAUCAGGAUCUUCCAAAAAGGAGCAAAAGGAUUCGGGCAAAGAGAUAGCUACAUAAUGAAGUGCCCUGUGAUUACUUCCUGGUUGGGCCAAGAGAGUAUCCGUUGUGAACCAGAGUUCAUUCAGGUGUCUCGGCCCUUGCCCCAGCGAAACCCCAAUGGACAGGAUGCCUGGUUGCUGUCCCUGCGAGGUGAAAUGGUAGCCUCGCUUGAAGAUGCCAGUCUGUUGGGCCUCUAUGUGGAAACCAAUACCACCACCAUCACUGUCCAGGGCUCAAGACAGCCCCUCCUGCAACGGAGGGAGGUUAGAGGGGAAAUGAACAUGACGGUGGAGAUUCUACCUCUUUGGAUGGUUCAGGAUAAUUACGCCUAUUCUUUGGAAGCCAGCUGCCCCCUGGUGUCAUCCCAACCAGGGUCAGAAGUCUUGGUGCACAUCCCUAAAAGGAGAUUGGGACUGGUCAAAAGAGGCUCCCACGCCCUAGAGACUCUGAGUCUGAAAAAUCUCCACGUCAACCAAUCAAACACCUUCACAGUCACGGAAAACAGACAUUUUGUGGUGAUCGCCAUCCCCGCCACCGCUGUGCUCCAGACCCAGCAGUGUCAGGAAGCCCAAGAGCCCCUGGGGUGGCAGGCUUUCUACAGAUUAGACCUGAGUUUGGAAUUUGCUGAAGUUCCCAGGCCCGUCCACUGGACUGUGGAGAAUUUUUUCAACUGCAUCGAUAAGCCCGUACCUUCAGGCACAGAACCAUCUUUCUCAACUGCCGCUCGGAAUGCAACGUGUUCCUCUCCGUCACCUUCUCAUCCCUCAAACCCUCCUCUAGCAGGUUGUCAGCCUGCUCCCUCUUCCCAAGUCACAGCCUGGACUUCGGGAAGAAACCUGCAUGGCCGGCCUUCUGGUGUUCCAGAAAACACCAAUCCAGAGCCAUUUCUAGAGCUGGGAGCCUCCAGGGAACAAAGUCUUGCUGGAAACCCUGCUGUGGCUGACAGAACAAACUUCCACCUCCCUUCCCAUAGGGCUACAGAGGGCACCCUUAGGACAGUCAGUGAUCCCACAGUGACCACCACAGCAAUCCCAGCCUCUCCCUCGCCAGAUAGGGCCAGAGUCCUCAAGAGCGUCCACUUCAGGAGAACCACCCCUGCAGCUCUCUCACCUGGUCCACAACCACUUUCUCUGUCCUUGAGGAGGAACAACACGAGAACCAGGAUGGGAUCAUUGGCGAAACAAACAAUUGAGGCUGCUGGGGCUCCCCUCCCAGUAUUGCCAAGAAGCACUGUGGCGGAAGGGCUGACCGCAAGCCUGCAGAGCUCACUUCGACUUAGAAUGUCCACUGUUCCUGUUAAGGGGCAGGAUGGACCUCUGAGAACCUCAGAGCUGGCUGGGACAGACUUCACCGAAUCGGCAACACCGCCUUCAGAAUACAUGGCCUCUCCCUCCACUGCCCUUUCUCAGAAGAAGGAGCAAGUGCCAUCCUUGAAUGCUUUCCUGCCAGACGAGGCUGGUAGAAUCAGGGAAUCCAUAAUGACCAGUCCCACCCAUGAGGUGGGUGGCUGGAAACACAGCAUGACAACGCAAACAGCAUUUGUGUUCCCUGAACUCCCAGCAGUAACGGCUUCUACCAUGAUUGAGAAAGACCCUACUCUUCCUUCAGUGACCCCAGCGAUUGACCCCAAGGGGACAAAGCACCUCCCCAUUGUCUCCUUUGUUCCAAUCAAGUCACAGAUGUCACCAGUGUACUCCUCCUCUGGGCCAGCUACAGGUUCCUCUCUAUCUCCUUUGCUACUCCCUGGAUCAGAAACAAGCUCAGUGUCCUUGGAGGAAGGAGCUUCUGCUACCCCAGCAGGCAAACCUGCCACACUGUGGCCCAAACAGAAGGCAUCCCUGAUGAGAAUUUUCCAAUAUCCAACAGAUAGCCGAGGAGUGAAGGUAGAAAUCCAACAUGGCGGUCUCAAGUCUGCAAAGAGAGAGGAGGGUGCGCACGAUUCACCCAAUGGCACCCGGGAAUCGGCAGGCUCACAGACAGAAUUCUCUAGAUCAGACGUUCCUGUUCCAACCAAGCGCACCCCUGAUUUUCCCCAGGUUAGAAAGAAAGGGCUAUGGGUAACAAAUCAGCCCCUACCUAAACCACCAGGACAGACAGCUCUGAAUUCUGAGCCUUGGACAAACGUCCCUUUGCUUUGGAAAGAAUCAACAUAUGCUACAGCAGAAGGAAUAAGAAAGAUCUCAGCAGCAGCUCUGGUUGAAUUUAAUAGCUCCGAGGCUUCCAGGGAGCUGCUAAGGGCCUCUGUGUCUCCACCCUCCGCGUCAUAUGCUGCCAAACAUCAGGGUAGGCUCGGCUCUGCAACACACUCUCUCCCAGCAUUCUCAUCAAUGGAUAACGAUCACCUGACAGUUUCUUCAAAGAGUCCACUGACCAACCUCUCUCAGCCCGCUCUGGUCAUCAAUAAAAUCAGAGGUGGGAGGGUAAGAGCGAAACCGGCAAAUAGUGACCCCGAGGACUUUGAAAUGCAAAGCACAGGGUCACCACCGGGCCCGAUAGGAGGCCUUGCCGAGUUGGCAGGUGUACAGAGGUUGAGUCUGUGGCCUCCCUGGAUACCAACCCCUGGGCCAUCCUCUUCAUUGUUUCCUGAAACUGGUCCACCUUCCAUCUCUAGCCUGACAGAGCCCAGCGAGGAUCCACUCACUGACAGUUUAUCAUUACAACAGGAGUUUAUGAACACCACUUUGUCAGCAGGGACUGGUGCUAACAUGCCAACUGGGCUUCAAACUGAUGCAGCCAAAAGCUCCCCGUGAAAGGCUGCAUCUGCCCGGCUUGGCCCGAUCACCACUGAAGAGUCAAUAAAGAGGCAAGCAUCUAGUGGACAGCAGGGAAAAGUAGAAUCGUGCCUUCUGCAAAAGAGCAUGUUUUGAUGUUGCUUAAAGAAUUUGCCUCUGUACUGAUGGAGCUCUCUGGGGUGACUAGUUUUCUUAGGGAACGGGCUGUUGGAAGAUUUCUCAUUGCAGACUAGAGGCUUGGAAUCCAAUGGGCAGAGUGGCUUGCAGUGACCCUAACUAAAAGAUUUUUCUCUCUCCCUUCCCGCCUCCCCUCUCACUCCCUCCCUCCCCCCUGGCCCCCCAAGCUGGUCAGAUUAGGAAGUUAUCAUUCGUCUUUUAUACCUCUUAAAAAAAGCCAGACCAUCAGAAAGAGGGGAAUGCCUUGGCAGAAAUGAGCUUGGACAGUCAUAUUCUUCUGUAGGUCUGUUUCUCACUUAAAGCCCAACCUUGUCCCUGAUUGGGGUCGGAUGUGAAUAGGUGAAGGAGGGGAGCCUGGGCGGGAAGCUGGUCCUCUGGGAGCCUUCCCCGAACUCCCCCACGGCUGGCCCAGGCUCGGCUCCUGCCCGCCCGGCCCGGCCCCUGGUGUUCCGCUGCCGGCUACUUGAGCCCGUCGACCAGCACGUGGCCGAGUGGCGGCCGCAUGUGGGGCACAUCCAUCUGCGGUUGGAGUUCCGGGCCUGGCUGGGCGCCGCAGCCAGGCCUCGGGUCUGCCUUCCACCGGCCGCCCACCCCUAGGACCGCCCCGGGCCGCCGGAGGCCUGCCAUCCCCUCCCAGCAGUGGAAGUGGGUUUUGAAAUGCAGCCAAGACGAGGAGGAUGUCAAUUUCCCCCG